GGCUGAAUUGAGACGCAGAUUGUGAGUCCAAGAUGGCGGACUGAAGACGUUUUCAAAUUUACGACCUAAUACUUUUAUAUAUUCACGAAGAUUCGUCGUUUCUUUAAGCCCAUGAAACAGAAGAUGAGUUUGGAGCGACAGAGUGUUAGCUGACGUGAAGACUGAAGACGUGAUAGAAGAUGGACGACUACUGCUAUGAUAAGAUGGCGACGUCCGGUAAAAGAGAAAGUGAAAGAGAAUCGGCGGAGAACAAGACGAUAGCUGAAGACAAAAAUGAGCGAGUUGAAGUUUCCAAUAACGUCAUUUUGGAGGCAAUCGUAAGCCCUGAACAGAGCGUCGAUGAGAAAUUAGCCGACGUUGUUGAAGAAUGUAAAGAAAGAGCCGCCAUGAUUGUUAGCUUGAAGAAGGCAGUGGAGUUCACAUCAGAGGAGAUGAAAGAAUGCAAAAGUCAAAUGAAGAAAGUGGAAGAGCAAAACAAGCGCUUGUGUAAAGAAAAUAAUGAUGUGAAAGAAGAGAUGUUGGGGAAGAGUAAGAGAUGUGAAGAGAAGACUGGACCACAUGUCUACAUCAACGCGCAGAGGAUUGGAGACGUCCAGCAGAUGAUUGGUCAUCCAGAAGAAGUUCCACCUCAGCUGCCGGGUGAUGGCUCCACUUUGAAGCAAGAGCAUCCAUGGUCCCCCCACAUUAAAGAGGAAGAAAAGGAAAUAUUGAUAACGCAAGAGACUAACCUCAACCAGCUGCCACUGGCUGUUGUCUCUGUGAAGACUGAAGAUGAUGAAGAGAAACCACAACCAGACCACCUCUUAGCUCCACUAUCAGAUAGUGAGGUUGAAGACGACUUUGAAGAACCUUUGAGCAGCGAUAAAGACUGUGAAGAUGAUAUGAGGACUCACACUGACAACAAACACUCUGGAUGCUCAAAAACAAAAAAGGGAGAUAUGACAUGUUUGAUUUUCUCAGCUUGUGGCUCCACUCAUGAGAGCAAUUUGGCAAGACACAUGAGAACACACACAGAGGAGAAAUCAUAUAAUUGUUCGGUUUGCGGUAAAAGAUUGUCAUGUCAGAAUUUGGCAAGACACAUGAGAACACACACAGAGGAGAAAUCAUAUAAUUGUUCGGUUUGCGGUAAAAUAUUGUCAUGUAAGAAUUUGGCAAGACACAUGAGAACACACACAGAGGAGAAAUCAACUAAUUGUUCAGUUUGCGGUAAAAGAUUGUCAUGUCAGAAUUUGGCAAGACACAUGAGAACACACACAGAGGAGAAAUCUACUAAUUGUUCAGUUUGCGGUAAAAGAUUGUCAUGUCAGAAUAGUUUGACAAGACACAUGAGAACACACACAGGAGAGAAACCUUUUAAUUGCACGGUGUGCAGUAAAAGAUUUUCUUUGAAGACCAGAUUGACUGAACACAUGAGAACGCACACAGGAGAGAAACCAUUUAUUUGUGCGGUUUGUGACAAAACAUUUACUCGUAAGUACUAUUUGAACGGACACAUGAGAACGCACACUGAAGAGAACCCAGUUAUUUGUCCAGUGUGUGGUAAAAGAUUUUCUUUGAACACCAAUAUGUCAGAACACAUGAGAACACACUCAGGAGAGAAACAGUUUAGCUGUUCAGUUUGUGGUAAAGCAUUUCACCGGCGGGCAGAUCUGCCAAGACACAUGCGAACGCACACAGGAGAGAAACCAUUUAGUUGUUCGGUGUGCGGCAAAAGAUUUUCCUGUCGGAUAAAUUUGUCACGACAUACACGAACACACACAGGAGAGAAGCCUUAUAAAUGUUCAGUUUGUAGUAAGAGAUUUUUUGAUAAUACCAACCUGAAAGAACACAUGCGAUCACACACUGGUGAGAAACCACUCAGUUGUUCAGUUUGUGGUAAAACAUUUUCCCGCAAGUCAGCUCUGAUUGGGCAUAUGAUAACACACACUGGAGAGAAAAAAUUUAAUUGUUCAGUUUGCUGUAAAAGAUUUUCUCGCAAAUCGGAUUUGCGGGCACACAUGAGUGUACACACCGGAGAGAAACGAUUUGGUUGUUCAGUUUGUGGUAAAAGAUUUUCUCAAAGCUCAUCUCUGACUGGGCAUACGAUAACACACACUGGAGAGAAACCAUUUCUUUGUUCAGUUUGUGGUAAUAGAUUUUCCCAUAAGUCCAAUUUGAUAAAACACGUGAGAGUGCACAGAAGAGAGAAACCAUUCAGUUGUUCAGUUUGCUGUUUAAGCUUUUCUGACAGGAGAGUUUUAAAUCGACACAUAAUGAAACAUACUGGAAAAUAAAACAUUUAGUUGUUCAAAAUGUGGUCCAAGAUGCUGGAGAAAUACACUUACAUUAGGACCCUAGACCACGCACAGGAGAACAAACAUUCAGCUGUUCAGUGUCGAGGGGUUGGGAUUUUUCAACAUUUCCCACAAUGCAUUGCCGUUGGCCAUAUUAGAAGGAUUCGUUGGCAUCACGCCCAUUGUUGCUGGUCAUUCCAGCUUUGAUAAUAAUAAUGCCGACGACACGUGCGAUUGUCAUCUGCCACAAUGGAGGUAGGAGAGAUAUUACCAGCUUCUAUCGCAUUCUAAGCAUAUUUCUGUCAAACAGAAGAGAAAUCUGCUAUCAUAAGAUUAUCACUUUUUAGGUUACUUCUCACUUGUGACAAUACACUUCUUUGGUUUGACAACUGAAGGGAUUUUUUUCUUUGUGUUUAAGCAGGUGUCAAGUCAAACUUUGUUGGUGCCAAAAUCUUUUAACUCACACAAAUACUUCUAAAAUGUAUUUUAUUCAGUGUGUGUUUCAAUGAUUUGUUUUGAUCAUAGUUUCCUUCUGAGUUAAUCUGUUAUAGUUAACUCAGCAUGAAAUGUUUUUAUCCUGUGAGUGUGAGUGAUGCUAAGAACAGCAGCUACACAACUUUGAUUAGUUGAGAACAACAUACAUGGGGUUUUCCUCACCUUCCUUUGGAUUACAGAAGUGUACAUCAAUGAUCAUGAAAUUGUGUUUGUGUUGUGACGAUGUUGUAUAGUAGUGUUGCACACAAACACACAAAACUAUGUAUUAUUAUUUGUAUAUAUGUGUGCUACAAUACAACUCUUACUGUAACCUUUUUAGAAAAUAUACUUUAAGAAUUGUGACUCCAGCCGAUACAACAAUUGGAUAACAAUUUUCUGCAUUGAGGAGCUGAUUUAAUGAUAUAUUUAUUAAGGCCCCAUAUAAUAUGUUUGAUAUAAUAAUGACUCAGUCAGUACUAGUGACUUGGAACAGAUUUGUAACAAUGUGACACCAGUGCAAUUAGUUUAAAGGCCUACUGAAAUGAUUUUUUUUAUUUAAACGGGGAUAGCAGAUCCAUUCUACGUGUCAUACUUGAUCAUUUCACGAUAUUGCCAUAUUUUUGCUGAAAGGAUUUAGUAGAGAACAUCGACGAUAAAGUUCGCAACUUUUGGUCGCUGAUUAAAAAAAAGCCUUGCCUGUACCGGAAGUAGCGUGACGUCACAGGUUGAAAGGCUCCUCACAUUUCCCCAUUGUUUACACCAGCAGCGAGAGCGAUUCGGACCGAGAAAGCGACGAUUACCCCAUUAAUUUGAGCGAGGAUGAAAGAUUCGUGGAUGAGGAACGUGAGAGUAAAGGACUAGAGUGCAGUGCAGAACGUAUCUUUUUUCGCUCUGACUGUAACUUAGGAUUUGUAUUUUAAACCACCUGGGAUACUAUAUCCUCUUGAAAAUGAGAGUCGAGAACGCGAAAUGGACAUUCACAGUGACUUUUAUCUCCACGACAAUACAUCGGUGAAGCACUUUAGCUACGGAGCUAACGUGAUAGCAUUGUGCUUUAAUGCAGAUAGAAACAAGAGAAAUAAGCCCCUGACUGGAAGGAUAGACAGCAGAUCAACAAUACUACUAUCAGGAGACACCGAACCAAACACUGGACCUGUAACCACACGGUUAAGGCCUGUCGAAGCCUAGCAAUGCUGUUGCUAACGACGCCAUUGAAGCUAACUUAGCUACGGGACCUCGUCAGAGCUAUGCUAAAAACACUAGCGCUCCACCUACGCCAGCCCUCAUCUGCUCAUCAACACCCGUGCUCACCUGCGUUCCAGCGAUGGACGGCGCGACGAAGGACUUCCCCCGAUCAUCGAUGCGGUCGGCGGCUAGCGUCGGAUAGCGCGUCUGCUAUCCAAUUCAAAGUCCUCCUGGUUGUGUUGCUGCAGCCGGCCGCUAAUACACCGAUCCCACCUAUAGCUUUCUUCUUUGCAGUCUCCAUUGUUCAUUGAACAAAUUGCAAAAGAUUCACCAACACAGAUGUCCAGAAUACUGUGGAAUUUUGCCAUGAAAACAGAGCUGUUUGUAUUGGGAUACAAUGUGUCCCAAUACUUCCGUUUCAACCAAUGACGUCACGCGCAUACGUCAUCAUACAUAGACGUUUUCAAGCGGAAGUUUCCCGGGAAAUUUAAAAUGUCACUUUAUAAGUUAACCCGGCCGUAUUGGCAUGUGUUGCAAUGUUAAGAUUUCAUCAUUGAUAUAUAAACUAUCAGACUGCGUGGUCGCUAGUAGUGGCUUUCAGUAGGCCUUUAAUC